UGCAGGCUCUUGGCCAUGUUCUCGCGCUUUGUUACACGUGUAAGUGUGUACUGUCGUUUUGUGAGUCAGCAAAAAGGGAAAGGAGUUGGUUGUAAUUCGCCGCAGCGGUUGUCAUUAGCGAAUUUCGUCGGAAACGGCAGAAUACAGGCUGCGCGUUAUAGUACGAGCGAAAUCACGAGCAAGUCGAGCGGAGCGAUGUCGGGCGACGAGAAAAAGCCGUUUCGCCGUCUGCCGCCGGACGUGCGUCCCUAUCACUAUGAUAUCAAGUUAUCGCCGAAUCUCGAGACUUUCACUUUCGAUGGCGAGGUGAAGAUACAUCUCAACGUGGAAAAUUCAACGGAUACCAUUAUUUUGAAUUCUUUGGAAAUUGAUAUAAAAGAUGCAACUUUUCAUGGAAAUGAUGGCAAUAAUAUUCCUGCCAAGAAAAUUGAAUUGUCCGCAUCAGAAGAGACAGCCAUAUUGAUGUUUCCUGAGGCUCUGCCGUCUGGUAAAAGUGGAUAUCUAAAUAUAGUCUUCGUGGGCGAGAUCAAUGACAAAAUGAAAGGCCUCUAUCGGAGCAAAUAUACUGGAGAAGAUGGUACUGUUGAGUAUGCUGCAGUUACCCAGUUUGAACCGACAGAUGCUAGACGUUGCUUCCCAUGUUGGGAUGAACCAGCGCUUAAAGCCACAUUUGACCUUGCUCUAAAAGUACCAACUGGUCUUACAGCACUUUCUAAUAUGCCUGUGAAAUUGCGACACAAAGUUCCGAACAGCAAUUAUGAAACAUUGACUUUUGAAAGAACGCCUGUUAUGUCGACGUACUUAGUGGCCGUAGUGGUGGGCGAUUUUGAUUACAUAGAGGAUAAGUCGAGUGACGGUGUACUAGUUCGAGUUUACGUGCCCAAAUCGAAAAAGGAACAAGGCCAGUUCGCACUGGAGGUAGCCACCAAGGUGUUGCCCUACUACAAAACUUACUUCGGCAUCGCGUAUCCUUUACCGAAAAUCGAUCUCAUAGCGAUCGCCGAUUUCUCGUCCGGUGCCAUGGAGAAUUGGGGUCUAGUUACCUACCGCGAGACCUGCCUACUCGUGGAUCCGCAGAAUACAUCGGCGGUGCGCAAGCAGUGGAUCGCGCUGAUAGUAGCGCACGAAUUGGCGCAUCAGUGGUUCGGUAAUCUCGUAACGAUGGAUUGGUGGACGCAUCUGUGGCUGAACGAGGGCUACGCGUCGUUCGUGGAGUUCCUCUGCGUCGCGCAUCUAUUCCCGGAAUACGAUAUCUGGACGCAAUUUGUGACUGACACGCAUAUUCGUGCGUUGGAGCUGGACGCUCUGAAGAACAGUCAUCCGAUCGAGGUGCCGGUUGGUCAUCCAUCGGAGAUCGACGAGAUCUUCGACGAUAUAUCGUAUCACAAGGGUGCGUCGGUGAUUCGCAUGCUGCACGCGUACAUAGGCGACGACGAUUUCAGAAAGGGCAUGAAUCUGUAUCUCAAGCGACACAGUUACGCCAAUGCGGAGACCGAGGAUCUCUGGGCCGCAUUGGAGGAGGCCAGUAAUAAGGCUGUUCGCAAAGUGAUGUCGUCGUGGACCAAGCGGCAAGGUUUUCCCGUUGUCAAGGUCGAGCAUCGUCAAGAGGGCAGCAAGAGGAUCCUGUCGUUGUCGCAGGAGAGAUUCCUGGCCGACGGAUCGGUGGACAGCGACACGGACAACACGUGGCUCAUACCGAUUAGCGUGAGCUCGUCGCAGGACCCCAGCAAAACGGUAUUCGACGGCAUACUGGACGCAAAAACCAAAGAAUUCGCGAUCGAAGACGUUCCUGAGGGCACAUGGUUGAAAAUCAAUCCUGGCACAAUCGGCUUCUACCGAACUCGUUACAGUCAGCCUGCCUUGUCGCUUCUAUACCCGGCGAUUAAGGAUCAUACUUUACCUCCUUUGGACAGAUUAGGGCUGCUGGAUGACCUCUUCGCAAUGGUCCAGGCGGGGCAUGCAUCCACGGUGGAAGUGCUCGAUCUCAUGCAGGCAUUCCGACUCGAGGACAAUUACACUGUAUGGUCUACCAUAGUAAAUAUCUUGAGCAAAAUCGGUGUUCUCAUUUCACACUUAGAGUUCGAAGAUACCUUCAAAGCGUUCGGACGUAAUCUGUUCCGCGACAUUAACAACAGUCUAGGCUGGGAUCCCAAGCCGAAGGAGAGUCACUUGAACACAUUACUCCGGUCCCUCGUAUUGGUUCGUAUGGCGGCCUUGAACGAUCAGGACAUGAUCGAGGAAGCGAAGAGGAGGUUCGAGCUUUACGUGAACGGCACAACGACGCUCGCCGCCGAUCUGCGCAGCCCGGUUUAUCGGGCCGUGCUCUCCGCGGGCGACGCCGAUACUUACAAGACUAUGAUAAAGCUCUACAAGGAGGCCGAUCUUCAGGAGGAGAAGGAGCGCAUCCUGCGGGCGCUCGGCGCGAUCAAGGACGGCACUCUGCUGCGGGAGGUCCUGGAUUUCGCGAUGAGCGAGGAUGUUCGCGCGCAGGAUACAGUGUUCGCCAUCAUGUCCGUCGGUUUGACGUACAAGGGACGCCUCAUGGCGUGGAAUUUCUUCAAGGAGAAGUGGAAGACUCUUCUAGACCGUUACGAGGGCGGCUUCCUGCUGGCCCGCCUGGUAAAGUUUACUACGGAGAACUUCGUUACUGAGGAAUUAGCCAAAGACGUGGAGAGCUUCUUCAAGAGUCACCCGACUCCGGGUACCGAGAGAACGGUGCAGCAAUGCGUCGAAUCUAUCAGACUGAAUGCCGCCUGGCUCGCCCGGGACAAGGACUCGAUCAGAAAAUAUCUGACCAAUCAAGUCUAGUAGACGCGGUUCUUAUCUUUUCCUUGUUACCAAUAAUUGGAAAGCCAGCUACAAUUCGAAACUUUUGUGUGAAUCGCAUUGUGUAACGCGAGCGUCUUACGAUAUUGCUUGAUACUGUGAAGCGACUGUCAAUCUGAUACAGAGACGAUUAUGCGCAAAAAAUCCCGACACAGGCCACUAUUCGUAGAUUUACGAAUGCUUAACAAAUUUAUGACAUCGAUUGAAAAUUCCGUUGAGUGAGAACGAAUGGGAAGAAUAUAUACCGUUUUUGUACACAUUUAUUAUACCUCGCCGACGAGUCAUUUUGAGAUAACGCGACAUUUUUAGUGUUUUUAUAUGUUAGCUGUCGACUGGUAGAUUAGUUUGUCAUUGAGGAAAGGAUGAUUUGUAACAAUCAUUUUUUAACAAUUAUUAGGAUUAUCCUAUAAAUUUCCAUAUGAUAAUCUAUUUAAGGAUUAUCAUAUAAAAAGUUAAAAUCCAGAAUAUCAUAUGUCAAAUCUACAGUGUCAAAACUAUAUUGGGAUGUGCGUGCUCGGCUAGAUGAAUUACACCAACAGUAUUCACAGAAUGAAUUACAAAUUUUUCUUUUAUUUUUUUUUUAUAUAAAAGUUCUAUUUGUAAUCGUGAGAACAAACAUAAUUCAAACCCGAUAGAUAAUUUAACACGGUAAAUGUGCAUUUUUAUCUAACUAGUGCGACUUACACUGUUUUAAUGGAAUGGUAAUCUAAUUUAAGGAACAAUUGUAUCUUGAAAUAUAUAAUUAAGGGCUCGCAAGUU